ACACACAUAUGCCUAACCUCACUUGUUUGGUUGUAAAAAAUUAUAAAUAUUGGGAUAUGGAACUGUAAAAACCAUAAAAUAAAAUACUGGCUUUAUAUAUUGUUAGAGAUGAUUGUUUUAAGACGACUAUACUCUAGACGAGUCUUUUUGCCGAAAACACUUCAAAAAGUGCCCUCAGCUAAAGUGGAUCCAGGAAUAUCUCGACAAAAGAAAAUUCUACAAGAGAGCCCCUCUGAACUUGAAGAUUUAGAUUUUGAUGAACUAGAGUCUGAUUUUAUGAACGUCCAUAAAUCACAAAAACAGCAUUUGCGUGAAAUAGAGGACCAGAAGAAGAAGGAAAAGUAUUUAAUAGUUAGACAAAAGUAUUUUAAGGAGAAAUUCCCUAAUUUUUUGACAUGGCAUGAUAAAGAGCAAAUAAGGUUUCUUUAUAGAUCAAAUCAAGAGGAGUGGAGUAUUGAGAGUCUUUCUGAAGGAUUUCCUGCUUUGCCAGAUGUUGUUAAGAAAAUUGUAAAAGGCAAAUGGACGAAAAAAAAUAUAACCCAAAUUUCUAAUCACGACAAUGCAGUUUUGAAAAACUGGAAUGAUUUCAAACAAGGAAAAAUGGACCACUUGCCAGAUGAAAUUAAGGAGCAUCUGCAGAAAUUUUCCAGGAGGACACUUAAGUUCGGCCCCUUUCAAGAGUCAUAUUCUGAAGAAAUUAUUGAAGCUAGGUCUCAAACUAUAUCUAAAGCUGAUGGCGAAUUUUCUGAAAUAAUAAAAAGCUAUGAAAAGAUAAAAAAUCGGAAUAGUGAACCAGAUAAAUCAGAUAAUCAUACUUUAGCUCGAACCGGUUUUGUUGACGAAAUAAUCUCAACAACUAAACAAAAUAGGGGUAAAAUGAUGACAUUUAAAGAGCUGCAAAAAGGUGUUGAAGAAAAUAUAUCAAAAGGACGAGAUAUAUCGCUUCAGGACAGGCUUUUACAGAACGCACAACUUCCCAAGAAAGACAGUAACAUCGUAGACAUUAAACAAGAAGAUGUUAAAAAUAUAGUAGAACAUAGGCACGAAACAAAUGGCAAUAAAGUUGGUUUUAUCAAAAAAACAAGUAAAGAUUUAUCCCAUUUAGUUUAUCCCGAGAAAAUACAAAUUCCUGAUGAUAUUUAUAAGAGAGGAUAUACAUAUAAGUUAAAGGAUUGUUAUUAUGAUAGUGACGGAGCGUUUCUUUAUAGAGUACCUGGAAUGGGCUAAAAUUCAAUAUAAAAUUUGUUUCGGUUAAU